AUGACAAUAGAAAAAAAGGCGAAGAAAAAAAUGGAAAAAGAAUUAUGUGAGCGGGAAGUUGAAAUUGAAAAAUUCAAGGAAUCUGCACAAAAAUCAGCGACAAAAAUGGAAAAUUUGAAGGAAAGCUGCCGAGAGAAAGACAAACAAAUAAGUCAUUUGGAAAAAAAACUGAAUGAAACAAUGGAAGAAUCAAAUGCAAAUAUUACUGAAAUGAAAAAAAUUCACAAGCAAUCUAAAGACGAACUGCAAAAUUGUUUGGAUGAGCUGAAGAAAACAUACCAAAAAUUAGAAGCAGAAAAUAAGUCGCAGAAGAUGAAACUUGAAUUUUUUGAGAGGGAACGAGAGUCUUCUGUUGAAUCUGAUUAUGUAUCUGGUGGAAGACAAAGUCGAUUAAAUGGUAGAUUAUAUUCUUGUAGUUCACUAGGAUCUGUUGGAUCAGUACGUACACUUAGCAGACGAACGGUAGAACCGGAAAGCAAAUUUUCAUCUGGAUACCGUAGUCCUUCCAUUUUUUCUACGAGCUAUUAUUCAAGUGAACCAUGUAGCAAUCUUUCAAGAAGUCCAUCACAAAGUCAACUUACAAAUGAACGAAAAAUAUCACAGUUAGAAAGACAAGUUGCUUCAGCGAACACUGAUGCUCAAAUAUUGAAGCGGGAAAUUGAAGUUUAUAAAUCAACUUUAGCAGAAAACGGCAAAGAACGAGAUAGUUUGUCACAAAAGAUACGCACACUCAAUGCUUCUAUUCGAGAAUUAGAACAAUCAUUAGCGAAUGAAGAGAGAAAAAAUCAUGAAUGGGAAUUACGUUUAAAAAAGACUCAAAAUGAAUUAGCAAAUGUCCGCGAUAAAUAUGAACAAGCAGUUAGAGAUGGUCAAACAGAAUUGCUUGAAGAAAGACGAAAAAUGCGACUGAAAAUGGAUUCAUUUUCGAAAACAAAUGAAAUACGAAAACGAGACAUCAGAGAAGAACGAAUUAUUGAAGAGUUGCAAACGGAACUUGUUAAUACAAGAACACAGCUUAACCGAGCUCUAUCACAAGUUUCUCAUCUAGAAAGUAUCAACAAAUCACAAGGUACAUACGGAGAAACAUGGGAGCACCAGUAUCGAAUGGCAUUUCUUGAGUUGCAAUCAUUACGUGAUGAAAAUGCAAGCUUGAAAACAAAAUUACGACGGCAAAAUCGUGAAAUUGAACUUUUGAAACAGCAAUCAGAAAUGGGAGCUAAUGUAGCACUAUUAGAAAGUAAAAUGGGAAUAUCCAAUAUGAAUACAACAACAACAGAAAGUUCAUGGAAUUGA